GUAAUUUUACCCAAACAAACUAGGUGUUAAAGGUGCAAUAGUCUAUAUUUUUAUUUCUUAUUAGUACUGUUAAUGUGGAAAAAUAUGUAUAAAGUAUAAAAAAAUAAUGGUUUAGGCAAACUCAAGGAGUAAAAAAAAAAAUCAUUCAAAUCUUAUUCAAGUCCAUGUAUUGAACAUUUAGAGACCUAAUUUUGCACCUUUAAAUCCUCUAUGCAAAAAUACCAAAGCAAAAAGCAAUUAAUCAGUGAAAGCACUAUUUCCUUUUUCCAUUUUUUAUAACAAAUUAUUGAGUUUUUUUUUGUGUUUGACACAGGCUCAUAUAUUCUGCCCUUCUGGUGUGUGACAGAUCACACUGACACGCAGCAUGAAGCCAGUUUGCCUUUAGGACCUUUAAAUAACAGCUACAAUCAGGCCUCCUCUCAGAAUAUUGUUUAAUUGAGCAACAAUACUGUGCUAAGAACUUAUACUCUGAUUAAUAUAUAUUGGGUAAUAAUUCAGAGUUGUGACUUAUAUGAUGCAUCAUAAAUGAAAUAGGAUCAUCAUGUGGUGCUGUAGUGGCAUGCUUUGUGCUGUGUCACCACUAGAUGGGCUCAAUGUCACCCUUUAUUAGCCAGUGCCUCACUAUAGCAACCAUAUUACACAACAACAAAGUCCAGGGGACUGCAAACUGGGGGAAUAUAUGGACUUUCUCAGGAAUUCAUAAAGAAUGACAACAGCUUCCAUAUAUCAGCUCUCUGAUAGUCAAAGUGUCAUCCCUGUGCUGCUUGGGAAGGACAGGAAUGUCACCUAUAUACUGGACACUUCCGAGGCUAUGGCUGCAAUUCUGGGGACAGUGAAAAAUCUGAUUAUUCAAAGUCUGCUUACCAAGGCUUCUCUCAGAAACUCCCUCUUUAACAUCAUCACCUUUUCAUAUAAGAUAACAUCAUUGUCUGAGCACAUGAUUCCUUGUGCUCCCGAUACAGUAUACCAGGCCCUCAGCUGGAUCCAUACUCUCAGGACAAGCCCUGGAAAUGAUCUUCUUACAGCACUCAUGACAGCAUUUUCUGAUCCUGCCUGUCAGUCUGUCCACCUAGUGAUGAACAGCCUACCAGACAACCCAGAGAAAUGCCUGAAUGCUCUAUCUGCCUUUACAGCACGCCCUGUGCAUACAUUUCAUAUAUCAGAAAAGCAGGAUUUGGACAGGGACAUUUUGGAUUUUCUAAAAUGUUUAACCUCUGCCACUAAAGGAAGUUGUUACAGGCUGUCUCUAAACUCUAAUGCUGAGCAGGUGAACCCUUCGGUAGCCCUGUUGCACUCAUCAGAACACCAGAUUCAACAUCUGUCAUGCUCAGAGGACAGAUGUCGGGUCUCAUACGACAAACCUUUUCACGCAGUCUGCAUCUCACCAUACUGGUGUUCCAUAGGAAAUCCCUUUACUGUGACACCGUGUGUUCUAAGGAAGGUAGCAAGAGGUGCUGAGUUCUUUCCAGGUUGCCGUGUGUUAGCAAGAAGAGAGGUAGAUGGAUUCUACUACUUGGGGACAAUUGUACACCAGCUACAGGACAGGGGAGGACUCUUUAUGGUGACAUUUGAUAAGCGUUUGCCCAAAGAUGACACCAUGGUGGAAAUGGUAUCACCUCAGUUGACAUGCCAACCUGACAUGGUGAAUAUAACUCAGGCACAUGAGCACAGUAUAGUACCAGGAGACACAGUAUUAGCUCCCUGGGAACCUCAGAUGAGCAAAUAUGGUCCUGGCAGAGUUGUUUCAGGCAUGGAAGUAAGAGAUCCACUGAAGGGUGGAGUGGGAGAUGGACUAGAGGUGCUGUUUUGGAAUGGAAUCAGAUUGCAUGUUCCAAAAAACCUGGCUGUGUGGAUACCUGCUUCUCACCAUGAGCGAAUAAUCAGGGAACUCCAGGCUAAUGUGUUCAGACCAGGCUGCUUAAGCCACAGCCAGUGUAGUCACAUUAGCUGGUCACCAGCCUGCUGCAUAAAUCACACACAUCACUGUCUUUCAACAACUCCCUCAAUGUGCCUUUGCCCAAUCAAGGGCUGUCCCCUCUCUAAUCGAUACCUUCUCAUGGACAAUCAAUGGAAGGAGCAGGAGAUUAAACCUGACCAAGUAAAGGAACUGACAACUUCUCAGGAGAUGAAGACUGAUUUAUCUUCUUCAGACUCAAGCGAAGAUGAGGAAGAAGUUGCAAAUGAAAAGUUCAAUUCCGCAAGGUUAGAUCUGGUGAGCCGCUCAGUGAACACAGAGAUAUCGUGCCUGAAAAAGGCCCAUACUGAGCCACAGAGUAGACCCGCCUGGAGAUACUGGAGAAGAGGAUCCCCAGAGCCACACCACAAAAAACCAGGGCAAGUAGUUAAGCCUCCAAAUUCAGGUUAUUCUUGCCUUGGAAUAAGCAGUGAUUCUGGAUAUUCCUCAUCCAGUUUUGCAACCACAAAUCACAGUUCAUUAUUUGAAAUGGUUCCCCAUUCGGUGAGAAGAGGUAUAACAGUAAGAGAGGUAUUUGGCUUGACUGUACGAAAACCACUUUCUGAAACACCAUCUCCAUUGGCUUUUGCAGUAAAGAAAUUUCAGCUGAACCAAGAUCAUAAAUCUGCUUAAUUUGCUCAAUGAGAAAAAAGCCUGAGAAAAAAUAAAAACAUUUGAUAUGACAUUUGGACAAGCUGCAUAUGAGAUUUAGUAUGGAUGUAACUAUUGAUUAUGUUUUUUGAAUAUUCUUUAAAUAAUAAAAUGAUAAAGAUAACAAAUAAUAAAAUGAUAUCAAAUUUCUAAUGACUAAUCAUUUUUAUUUACAUGUUUUGUCACCAGCUGGUGACUAUCUUGCAUGUUAAUGGUUGUUUUGUGAUAUACAUGGUAAAUGAUUAAUGACAAAUCAUGGGAAUAAAUGAUAUUUGUACCAUAGCAUGUGCUAAACUCCAAGUCUUGGUAAACAAUGCUAGGAUGCUGCUCUAGAGAGCAAGCUAGCACAGGCUGAUUUACUUGUAUUCAAUUUUAGACUCUCAGCAAUGUUAUCUUGUGACCAGCACACAGCUCAUUUGCAUUUAGUGACACCCACAAAACUCCAUAAAAGGUAAAGCUCAGAGAAGGCUGGAAACACAAAAUGAACAGUGAAAGAAAAAACAGAAAGGUUGAGGUGGAAGUUAUUUUCACUCACUUCUAUGCCAGUAGAAAAUAUUUAGCAGUGUAAGAGCAACUUAA